ACCACCUUAGAAUCAACAUCUUACUGCCACUACACGCACGGCACAAUUUGAAUCUCAUUUUCUAUAAGAAGAAUGGCAGCUUUUUCGCUGUCAAAGUUUGUUUGGGUUUUAUUUUAUAUUCUAAACCCGUUUGUAAAAGCACAAAAUUGUCAAUCAAAUGAAAAUGUAGGCAGUGUAAUUUGUACUAAUUUAGCCUCACUGGCAGAUCUUUCUAAAGAAAUGAAACCUGAAUGGAAAGAUGUAACAAUAGUUAACAAUAUUGGAGAUACCUUUUUUGUCAGAGAACAUGAAGCAAAAUACUUGAAUGUAAUUGAGAAACUUGAUCUUUCCGGUGCUGGUAACAUAAUCGCUUCCGAUCAUGGAUUUAAGGAUCUGAGAUCGUUACAAAGUUUGAAUAUAUCUGGAACGCAGUGGUCUAUUCUAAAAAUAAGUUACUUCAAUCCACGCAGUACACUCCAGUUCUUAGAUGCUAGCCAUAACCAGUUCAACAUGAUCGAACGUUCUUCAUUAGAUACUUUAACGAAUCUGCGAUCGUUGAAUUUAUCACACAAUCAUUUGGAAACCUUACAGCAGAAUACAUUCCAAGCGCUUCAACAAUUGGAGUAUUUGAAUUUGAACAACAACCUUCUGAAAACAAUCUCGUUGGGUGAAGUCACAAAGUUGGAACAUUUAACUAUCAAUGACAAUUUAAUUGAAGUGAUACCAUCAAACAGCUUUUCAAAGUUGGGACAACUUAAAGUACUUAGUAUUGCUUCGAAUCCUCUAAGAAAAAUUGAAGAUCGUGCAUUCCAGGGCUUGUCUAACUUGAAGGCCUUGAAUUUGUCCAGAAACAGCAUCGAAUCAUUAACUUCAAACAUUUUUGUAGGAUUUACUCGAGUUAAACUAACACAGUUGGACUUGAGCCAGAAUAACAUCGUCAGCUUUUCAGGACAACCAUUUCAGCAUUUAAGUCUUCUGCAAAACCUAAAUCUUUCUGGUAAUUCCUUGAAAACUCUUGACUCGACUUCGUUUUCUGGACUUCGAUCACUUCGAAAGCUCUAUUUGUGCGAUAACAAUAUCGAAACAAUUGGUGAGAAUACAUUCUCUUCCCUACUUAGCUUGGAUACCAUUGAAUUAACUGGAAACAGCUUGAUAACUUUGAAUAAAAAUGUUUUUGCUGAAUCCAUGCCACGGCUGAGGAAACUUCUGCUCAAUAAAAACAACCUCAAGACAUUAGCCUACAACACAUUUUCGGGUCUCAGUAGCAUUGAUUAUUUAAGUUUGGGACAUAAUUCCCAUGACAAAUUAGACUCUCGAAUGUUUACACCCUUGAAAAAGCUGAAGAAACUUCACCUCGGAAACAAUUAUAUCGAAGAAAUUCCUGCUGAUGUUCUUGAGGGUUUCAAUGAUCUCACAGAGUUACUUAUCGAUCACAAUAAACUUUCAUUUUUGCCAGAAGUUAAUGCUACAUUUCCAUAUCUCAAAAAGAUAUCUAUUGAAGGUAACCCAUGGCAGUGUCCAUGUCUGGAUUGGAUAGUUGGGUUUUUGGAGGCAAGACGAAUUGAGUAUCAGCGCAAUAAUGGAUAUUACGAUGGAAGGAAACCACUUUGUGUAGUGACACCAAUAAAAGCUUGUGUUCGAGAUUUAAAAAUAACUCAAGAAUAUGGAAUUUCAGACAUUUACGAUAAAAUGGUUGGUUCGAAUGAGAACGAGGAUGAAGAAUAAAAUAAUUAUAUUAAAUACUAAUUACUUGAUAAGUGCUCAAUGAUAUUUCUAUUUUAAGAGACUGAUAAGCUGAUAAGCUUUAUUCGAAAUUAAUUUAAUAAUUUUUAUAUAGUACACUUUAUGCAAUUAUUAAAACAAAAUUGAUGUUUAAGAUAA